GUGCUGUUUGGCUGGUGGCUCUGUGCGGCGUCUGUGGUUGGUGUCAACGCAAGCUGGGAAAGAGAAAUAAACCGGGCGUCGAGGCAGUGGGCACUCCAGACUCUGCACGAGGCCGUGGAGAGAAGAAAGCCAUCAAUGAUCUAGACAGAGACUUUUGGAAUAACAAUGACAGCAAUUCAGAGCAGCAGCGGUGGAGCUCCUACCCGCCCAAGGAGUUUGUACUAAACAUUUCUCCCUAUGCCCCUUAUGGAGACCCUCGCCUCACGCUCAAGUGAGUCUCUGUCCAGGCUGGUAAGAGACCCAACCCUUACCCAACAGACCCCACCCUAACUACCCAACCUUUUAUAACCCCUGCCACCAGGCAAGGCUGUAGAGUGCAGAUGAGGAGGCAAACUUGACUCUUUGACGCAUGAUCUUUAUUUAAAUUAACAAAGAAUAGGAAAAAAAAAAGAUACAACCUACUUUACAUGUCUUUAUUUGGGUUAUUGUAUGAAAUCUGAAAUAAUUCCAUUGCAUAGCUCACCAUUUCAUUUCAUAUAUGGUAUUUUACAUGUUAAAUGCUAAGGAAAGGCAACAGUUUUCCAAAAGGCUAUGACCCCUUUUACAGCUGGCAAUCUGUAUGCACAGUCUGGUUGUUGUUUUUUUUUUUUUUUUUUUUUCGGAUGAGCUGUAAAUGCACAUACAGGAUGCGAUGGAGCAGCCUGAGCACCUCGUGCUGUGUUUAGAUUUCAGUUUGGUGUAAAUGCAGUCCAGCCAAAUGAAGUACUUUUACUGAGGAAGAGGUCUCACCUGGGGAACUGACGAUGUUGAUGUGCCCUUGGUGAGUACUUGUUUGCAUAAUGCCACGGAAAAGGUGAAAUCCGCCCUCACCAAUGUGCAUGCGUUUAAAAGCAACAUGUAAAUGCAUCUACUGCGACCCAGAUAGCACACUCACAUCUAGCCAACGUCGGCACAAUGUGCGCAAAUCAUGUCUCAACGCAGCUUGUUUGCUAAUUGGGAAGACGUCGGCACAACAGUGCUUUGGUUCUCUGUCAAUACAUGCACUUAAUCUUCUUCUUUUCAUACUUUUAGAGGAAUAUUUACUCGGUUUGUGCUCAGUCAUGUGCUACACAGUUAAAAGAUACUCCAGAAAUAGGUUAUGCCAAUUAAUCACUGGAGGCAAGUUCUGUGAAGGGAGCUGAAUCUGCUUAUUACAUGGUGAUGAUUUAUUUAAUCUGCUAACUCUCUUCCAGAAGUGGUGCUGUCUUACAACACUGCCGGGUUUAAAUCACACAUUAUACUCAAGGGUGACUUAAAAAAAGCAGAAGAUAAAAAAAAAUGAUGAUGUGCAGACGUUUUCUCAGUUAGCAAACAAAGUCGUUGUGAUGUCAUUGACGUGUGCUAUCUAGGGAUAUGCUUCUUGUCUGGAAAAUUGCCUGCAUAUACAUUUUGCAUCUUUGCCACAUGUAAACGGGGCCAAUAUUAUGCCUUAUUGAAAAGAAAUGAAUUUUGCUUCAUUAAAAUUCUUAUUCAAUUAACUCUAGAGUUAGUGACACAUUUGUAAUGCACGCCGUGUGAAGAGCGAAUGAAUGCUGCGCUGCAUUCUGCAUGAUCAGCGGAACUCUACUCGCUUGUUUUAGCUCAGAACUCUGAUCGUCAUGCUUGUUUUGACCUCACACAUAUUCUAACUUUUGACUUAAUGCCACAUCGUUCAGACUCCUCUCCAUCCGCCAGCUUAGAACACAGCUCUGUAAUUCAGUGCGGUUCAGUGACCUCGUAAAGCUUGCAGGUUAGUGCUGCAUCAUCUUAAUCUUGCUCAGACGAUGACAGGAGAGGAGUUGUUUGUAACUGCCCCAUGCUCCCUACAGCCCUGCCAUGCUUCCCUGGCCCGUAAACUCUAGCCUCCGUCCCUCUCCCCCCAUGGGGUGUUACCAUGGAGACGGACAACCCUCUAAUGUAUGAGUUUAUAUCGACAGAACUACUCUAGUAGCACGCUGUCUGUUUAUUUCUGUUGUGCUUUCCCUUCCCUUCCCUUCCCUUGAUCCAUCCCGCUGAGGGUUGACCGUUGCAGUGAAGUCAUGAUGUGGUAAUAGUGUGUCACGGCUCCUCCUCUCCUGCUCUGGCUCUGCCAUGGCCGCUUCCCUGGCCUCGUUCCCUCACCUUUGUUUUGUUUGGGGUGUGUGUGUGGUUUGUAUGUGUGUGUGUGUGUGUGUGUGUAAAUACCUGUGGUCUUGCUUGUGUUUAGUUAGCAACUGUUCCUAUUUCCCAUUUUCUUGUUUACCAUCAUGCUCAGUGUUUUGUGGUUUUGACCUAGCUAACUAGUUCCUGGUUCCUGGUCACUCAAAGUGUGUUGCUUAUAAGUGCAGUCCUUGUUUACUCCCCUCCCACACCUCUAUGCCAGCUUUUUGAUGAGGAGGUGAACCCACACCUGCUUAAUUCAUUCCAGGUUCCCUUCACUUCCUAAAGAGCCGACUAUGCCACGGGGAGCUUUUAGCUGCACGAGCCUUACAGAGCACACUUGAAUAGCACCUGUCUUUCAAAACCUACUCCGUGGCUUUUAGGGGAACAAGCAAGAGAGGUUUCAGAUGGAGAGAGCUGUCAGGAACGGAAAUAAAGGAAACAUGACUGAUGUGGGAGCUCCUGUCUCCCCAGUUUAACAUGCCCUUCUAUUAAUUGGUCUGUUCUACUGUAGUUCAUAGGCGGUGGUUAAUAAAAGGCCCAGGAGAAUGUGGAGCUGGUUGGAUUAAAAAGGUGUGAGGAGAAUCUGGACUACAGCGUGAGAGCUGCAGAUUUGAGCAAAACCAACACUGAUUCAUUUUGCGAGCCCAUUUGUUGCUCUUUUAGAGUAGAUAAAAUAUAAAGCACCUUCAAAAUUUUGUUCGGAGAUUGAAUUUGGCUGCUGCUUAAGGCAGUGGGUUUUUUGUUUGUGAGGAAAUGUGUCUCUGUAAGUCACUAUUACUCAUCCCAUUUUGCGAUAUCAUUCAGCGUCAGGUAUAUAUGGCUCUUUUUUUAUCUUAUAGUUCCUUACGCUCCUGAUGCACACUGGGGCUGCAGUGUUGGUUGCUUAAGGAGUUAAGGAGUUAAUGCACCUAAGAUCACCUUGGUGACUGUUUUUUUUUUCCCCUUAUUUAUUUAUUUUUAAUUUUGUUUAUGAGAGAGGACAAGUGAAAAUGAUUGCUUUAAGCUGGUUUUGCUCUGCUCUGCAGCUGCCACUCUUAUUUGUUCAUAACCUCGUAAUUUAAUUGAUGUUAUAGUGUUGCUGCUGUUUGUGGAGAGAUGUUGCAUUGUUUCUGUGCUGUUUAUGACAAGGGUACCCCUCAUGGUGCCUAAUGAUGGUUGUAUGACUAAUAAUCAAUUGCAAAUAUGUUCAUCUUAAAGCUAUUUUUCAUGCGCAAUGAACGUUUUUUUUUGUUGUUUAAAUUAGGAUUUUUAAGAAAUCACACUAUAACACAAAGAUUGAUGUGGUGUGUUUAAACAGAAGCACGUCUUCAGCAUCACCAGGGGGUGCUGUAGUGCUAGGUUUUCCAUCAUCUUAGUUGUCUUGAAUGCCAUUCCUGUAAUAUUCACCAAAGCUGAGUACACACCACAUUGGUGCAUUAGCGAGAGUAUCACAUGCAUCACACGCCGCCGUCGUUUUUAGAGCUGAUGACAUCAGACUCAGUAAGGCCCUCUAGUGACCGGCCUCCGCUGUCUGACAAUUUCACUAAUGGCAUUGACUACUAGCAGAUCCUCACUCUCGCCAGCCCAAGGUUCAUUAGCCGAGCAGCCCGAGCCGAUAUUCAUUUCGCCUGUCGCUAUGCUGACACCUUUACAAUAACACCAGGCUCUCAAAUCCCCAGAGAGCUGAUCUUCUAGCACCUGACUGGAUGAAAUCCAGUAGAACAGUAAUGCACUGAGGUUAUAGCGAGGUAGGAACCCAUAGCAAUCAGGCUGUCGCUAUAGGCGAGAGAGGCUCUGAAAUGAGCAGCAGGUAAAAAUAUAAAUCCAGUAGUAAUUCACAUCAGGCCAUAUGCUUCCCAUGGUGCUGUAAGCAGAGUGCUGCUAGGCGUUCAGGGCACACUGCAUAGACUGGAGAUCUAAUCAGUGCUGGAUACUUUCAGACUAUGCGCUCAAAUUCGACCGUCUAACUCCUGCCCACGCUACACCUACUCGUGUCACCUACUGCACCGUUUCACAUCACCCACCUGUUUGCGCAUAUGCACUCUCAACCACUGAGUAUAUUUUUCCUACCUUCAAGCACUUUCAUUUACUGUAACCUUUCUCGAUAUCCCCUUUUUCUUUCUCUGUUUUACUGUUCUUUCUCUAUGUCUUGAUCUCUCUCGUCAACCCCCACCUCCCCAAACCUCAUCCCCAGUGGCGCAGUCCCUGGGGGGCAGAAGGGGUCUCUUGGUGGACGUGGGGGGGAUGGCGGGGGUCCCUCACGCAGUGACAGCGUGAAGAGCAUGAUGAUGGGAGCCAGUAAAGCCAGCAGGUGGCAGAUGGCGCAGGGCCGCACGCAGUCUGAGGAUCUGAAGAACGGCAAUUUCACAGACCCUGCCCUCUCAUCUCUGGAGCACAUCCCCGUGGCGGGGGCCACGCCCCGCCCCAGGACGCUGCUGAGGCAGCAAAGCCUCCAGCAGCCCCUCAUCCAACCUCCAGCCUCAGGCCUCGGUGCCCGUUCAGCCAUCUCACAGAGCUUGGGUCAGCUCCAUCCUCAACCUGGAGGAGGGGGUGGAGGGGCAGGGCCGGGUGGAGGGGGAGGAGCAACGUCUACGUCUCAGCGUGGAGGAACAGGGACUCGAGUUACUAGAGGCAGCACAGCAGGGGGCGGAGCUUCACGCUAUAGGUCAGGAGGCACAGGGAGCCGGGUCUUGAGGGGGAACCCAGGCAGCUGGGACUACAUGAUGAGCCAGAUCAAGAACCGUGGCCUGGAUGUCAAGUCUUUCCUGGAAGGGAAGAUGGUGGUUCUCUCUCUGGCAAUUGGAUUGGCUGAGCAGGAUGAUUUUGCCAAUCUACCUGACCUACAGGAGGUACCACCCAGUCAAGAAACACCUGCUGACAAGAGUAGGAAUAUGGGUAAUAAGCCAGCAAACAGUCCUAAGGGUCAGCCACCAGAUGCUGAUGGACACUCCUCCGUCUCUGACCUUGCUAACUCACUCACUGGAGACAUGGUGAUGUUGUCUCCUGGCUCGGAUGAGGAUCAUGAAGGUCCAAUCAGUGAGAAGCUGGGGAGGAUUCAGUUCAGUGUUGGCUACAGCUUCCAGGACUCCACUCUCACAGUCAAAAUACUAAAAGGUCAAGACCUGCCUGCUAAAGAUUUCUCUGGCACCUCUGACCCCUUUGUAAAAAUCUACCUUCUGCCUGACAAAAAGCACAAACUGGAGACCAAAGUUAAGAGGAAGAACCUCAAUCCUCACUGGAACGAGACUUUCCUGUUUGAAGGGUUCCCGUAUGAGAAGGUCCGAGAGCGCACGCUCUACCUGCAGGUGCUGGAUUAUGACCGCUUCAGCAGGAACGACCCUAUAGGAGAGGUGUCUAUUCCACUAAACAAGGUGGAGCUGGGCCAACACCAGACUUUCUGGAAGGACCUGAAACCUUGCAGUGACGGCAGUGGGAGUCGAGGAGAUCUGCUUGUGUCUCUGUGUUAUAAUCCUACCGCUAACACCAUCACUGUCAACAUUAUAAAAGCACGCAACCUUAAAGCCAUGGACAUUGGAGGCACAUCAGAUCCCUAUGUGAAGGUGUGGCUCAUGCACAAAGACAAGCGUGUGGAGAAGAAAAAGACAAUUACUAUUAAGCGCUGCUUGAAUCCCGUCUUUAAUGAAUCCUUCCCCUUUGACAUUCCUGCACACGUGCUCCGAGAAACCACCAUCAUUAUCACUGUCAUGGACAAGGACCGGCUGAGCCGUAAUGAUGUCAUUGGCAAGAUCUAUCUGUCAUGGAAGAGUGGUCCAGCAGAGGUGAAGCACUGGAAAGACAUGCUGAGCAGGCCGCGCACCAACGUGGCACAGUGGCACGCCCUCAAGGCCUGAUCACCCUCACCUGGUCCCACCCUGACCCCAUAACCUCUAACUUCUAACCUUUGACCCUUGAGUCCAUGCCCCAUCCUUAUGCACAAGACUGACUCGAUGCCUGGCUGCAAAACACGGGUACUUUUAGCCAUCCACUCUCAAACUAUUAGCCUCUGCUCUUGUGUGGCCUCUUGUCUUUUUCUCCUUUCCUUAACUUACUUUUUACUUUCUCCCUUUCUCCCUUAGUUUACUCACACGCUUCUUUUUUUUCCCUCUUUCUUGCAGCCCUAUUUGAACUCUGCUAUAAAUUUGGUAACAUGUUUUGUUAAGGUCUGCAUAUGAAGUGAUCAUAAUCGUUAAAUUAGCAAAGUAGCUCCCCUUUUGUGACUAUAAGCCAAUAUUAAUUCCUAAUGAGUUUCUAAUGAUGUACUUUAACAAAAAGAAGAAAAUUGAAUGAAGCCAUUUGAAAACUGCUAUAUGCAAACUUUAAUGUGAUGUGUUACCAGUAUUUCCUCUUGUACCUUUCAGUUCACUUUCAGUUCAUUUAUAGUAUAUUAAAUAGUAAUAUUAUAUUAACAAAUUUCCCUAGAGGUCAAUCACAUCUGUCCGCUCCCUGCUUCUCCUCGAUCACUCUCAUUUUCUAUUCUGUCCUCUCUAUCCUUUCCCUUCUCUCUCCUGUUCUUUGUGGGUCAGUCUUUACUCUCUCAUUAAAUCCAGGUGAGAGCCAUUGGAGACUCUUGGGAGCUCUUGGGAGCUCAUUUAUUAGCCAUCUUCAGGGGCGGACUGGCCAUCGGGUAGUUUGAGACUUUUCCCGGUGGGCCGCUCCAUUUUUCGCUGUGUGGGCCAGCCUUUUUUUUUUUUUCUCAGAAUGUCCACUAAGAUCAUCCACUACUUAAAGGGAAUGUUGGCUGGCAGAACACGACUAACUAGCAAAAUUAGUCCUGGUGUGAUGGUGCCAUAAUACUACAGUAAACAACCAAACUUAAUAUUAGCAACCCUUCACCUCCAUGAUUUCACUCUGUGGCACUUAUUUAGCAGAGAAACUGCUUACCAAUCAAUUAAGUCAAUGCUUUAUUAAAGAAAUGACAAUAUACAAAAAUCAACUGAGUAGAUUUGUUUCAGUAGGCGGUACUUAAAACAGGCAAAAGAUGAUGAAACUGUGCAGUAGUGUUGUGUUUUAGAAUGGUAUAGAAUAUACAUUUUUAGUAUACAUUUUCAUCCAGCACUUUGUUGUUUAUGGCUAUAUUUUUCGUACUUAUGUGGCAUUAUACAUUGGCUCUAUUGUAGCCUAGUCGAUGCACUUUCAGUAAUGUUAUUUUGGACAAUUGUCGGCACUUUAAAACAAAUUCCCUGCUGAUUUUUGUUCCCAGUCCGCCCCUGGCCAUCUUUUGUGCUUAUUCACUAUUACACACACACGAGGAAUUUCAUGCUUAUUGGAUCCACAAGGGGUGAAUGGCAGACUGUCAGAUAAACAUCAUAUCCAUUCUUUGUCAUUUUUUUUUAUCAACAUCUUCCUUCCUUUAUACAUGUCCUUUAUUUGCAUAUUCUGUUAGUUUUUCUCCCUCCAUUUUUCUUCUUCCUCCACCUUUCCUCCCUUCACUUGCCUUUCUAUCUGACUUUCUCUCUCUUUCUCUCUCUUUCUCCUGGGCUAUUUUUCUUUGAACUCUGUAUCACUGGAACAAUGGUAGUUAUUUUCCUCCUUUUCCUGGGACAUUUUGUCAUCUGUGCUGUAGGUGAUGUGUCGUAACUCCAGAUGAAACACUAUUAAUCUUAGUGAACUGAAGGGAAAACCACUAACUUUUGAGACUAAUUGUUCCAGGUCCUCUGCAACAUUUGUAAAAGAGAUAUACAGUAAAUCAGAGGGAAUGGAAAAAUAAGUACAAAAAAGAUAGUCAUCCUUGCCAUAAGAAUAGACAGUUGAUGAAUUGAAGCAAAAUGUUCUUCCAAACUUGCUGUGAGAAGUGAGAAGUGGGCUGUGCGCCCCGUCAGGGCAUCUGUACAGCAGUCUGCUCUGUUCUCGUGAUUUUCUUUCUUUUUUCUUUACUUGCUGAUGGGGUUAAGUCUCUGCAGGAAUCUUUAAGAUAAAGAGUUUGCCCUAAUACUGCCUUUACCCGACUGUGCGCGUGCGCGUGUGUGUGUGUGUGUGUGUGUGUGUGUGUGUGUGUGUAAAAUCAUUGAUGUGAAAAAGCAGCCAAUAUGCAAGGUUAUCCUCUUUUCUCUUUCUGUCUUUCUGUAUGCCUCUGAAAAUGACAUGGAGAUAGAGUUAACCUGCACUAUAUGGCAGUGUAAUAAUGAUGAUAAAUAUAAUAAUAAAUGUUUUAACAGUAAUAUUUUUUUGUAUUUUAAGGGGGAGGUAACUCAAGAUGGGUGUAGCAAUACAUGGAGGCUGGGCCAGACAGUACAGCACUGACAAAUGAGUGAUCAUUCUCUCUGUCUCUUUCUCCCUCUCUCACUCAUACACACUGUCUCUCUAAUCUGCUGUAAAACAGUUCUGAUUUCUAUCCAUUGAUCCAUCACUUACAUUAAGGCCUUCAAGACAUGGAUUUCACCUGUAGGUGCAUGUACUAUACGUGGUAAAGUCUUAAAUGUGUUACAUCUUAUUUACCUGUGAGAGUGUGUUAGUAAGCUCGAAAUAAUAAUUAGCCUUUUGACUCAUCACCUGAAGGCCUAAUCCAAACCUCACUAACUCAAAAACUUACAUAAUGUCUACUUGGACCUAAUGUGUUCUGUCAAUGGAAAGUUCAGGAAUUAAAAGCUCUGUAGCUCCAAUACAUAGCUAGGGUAUUAUUAUUAUUAUUAUUAUUAUUAUUAUUAUUAUUAUUGUUAUUAUUGUUAUUAUUAUUAUUAUUAUUAUUAUUAUUAUUAUUAUUGUACACAUUUGAAUAAUACUAAACCUAAUAGCUGAAUAGUUCAUAAUAGUUCAUUAUGUUCCUGUUUGAGAACCCUUGUUCUCUAGAGUAUGUAAUGGAUAUAAGAACUUUUCGCCUUAGAAAUUAAAGAUCAGAAGUAAUAUUCAUAUCUAAAGUCGGCUCUUUGUCACCAUUUAUGCCACCAGUGUUCUUGUGUAUAGAUAUUCACAAGACAUACUGUACAGUUCUCAGUAAUGAACUUGGCUUGUCUUUAUCAUAAGUUUGUUUGGUCAUGUGCCUGAGAUACUGAGAUACUUAUCUGUCAUGUUGGCUUCAGACAGUAAUAUCUCUGGAACAACAGAACAAAAAGCAGUUACUGACACCACUUCCAGCUUUUUCUAACAAACUGACAAUUUCAGUUGUAUGACUGAAAAGUUACUAAGAUUAUGGUUUUGGAUAGAGAUUAGUGAUUCGGUGAUAGGGGUUAGCGUUUGUACCUUGUCAUUCUUAAGAAUUUAAAUCAAUUCAUUGUCAUUUUAUUUAUAUAGCAUGUUUUACAUUGUCAGAAUAUAACAGUGAUAUUUGUCACAAAGCAGUUUUACGGAAAUCUGGAUGUAGAAUCAUUUCAUCCUCGCUGGGAUACAUGAUGGUGUGAGAAUAGUGUCAGGCCUAAAACUAAAAAUCAGACAUAGACACAGUAGUAAAAACAGCUAUGCUUCUCUAACAGGACAUUGUCUUAAUACCUAAUACUUAAUAAUGUUGUUAGAGACAUGCAGGUCUAAUCUGAUAAAACCAGUUGUAACUCAAUCUAUACUUAAUCGUUUAUUUUGUUACAUCCAUUAUAAAUUUCUGCAUAUUACAGGAAUACUAAUAUUCUGAUUGAGCAAAGCAGUGGGAUGUAGCUAAAUGUACAGACAUGACUAUUAAAAAAACAAUAUUUAUAAGCUGUUAGUAAUAUAUGAGUAAAGGUGAACACACAUAUUUGAAUUCACUUAUGAGUUAUCAGCUGAGAUAAAGUUGUAAAUAACAUAAAAUCACAGAUUAUGAACAAAUACAUAUACACAAAUCUCAUCUAUGUAUAAAGGCAACAUAAUAUUAGGACCUUGCCUAAAUGCCCGAUUCGUGUCUGUGCUUUAUCUGGAACUUUGAAGAAAAGAGUAGGCACAGUUACAGCUUGGGAUAGUGGAUCGACAGCACUGCCACAAAACCCAGCCUAAGGAAUGACAGAAAAAACAAAACAAUGGCAGUAGAGUGAAGGCUCUCAGUCUUUAUCCUCAGUCUUUAGAGCUAUUUUGACUAUUUUUACAGUCUUGUUGGAGGGUACUUAGUCAUAACAGAAGAGUCACCUUGGCCAAUUUUAAGCAUUGGCAGAAGAAAAAGCUAGACUUAAGAGCUCAGCAGACUGGAAUAGAUUGUUAAAUGAAAUCAACCCUGUUUCUACUCAAGGGAGCAUAAAAAAGACUGAAAGACUGAAGCUAGUAACUGUGCAAAAAUCAAUAGGAAUGAAGAGAUUCUUUUGACUGAGUUUGGAAUUGGGUAUAUAUUGCAAAUAUAGUAGUGAUGAAGUUAUAUCACACGCUGGCCUGGAAAAUAUUUAACUACUUAAUCUCCCAGGCCUCGUUGGUGGGUCUCACUAUAGUCGCUGAAUGAUUUAGUGUAGUUACUGAAUAAUGUGCCUUAAGAUCAUUGUAAGAUGACUGAACUGAAUAUUCAGUUAUUUUGAAAACUGGGACCACAAGAACUGAGAAGAACAAGAACUUUAGAACUAAGAUCUAGGAUCACAAUGCAUGUUUGUUAUGUCGCUUUAUAAUUAUUAUGCUGUGUUAUAUUUCGUGGUGCGUAUUGGGUUAUUUUCAAAAAGAUAAUCAAUUCAGUAGAUGUAUUUGUGUGUGUGUGUGUGUGUGUGUGUGUGUGUGGAUGGUUUUUAAGUGUAUGUGACUCUGGGUCCCUGUGGGGUUGUUGGGUAGUUAGGACAGCACUUGUGAGUUCAUGCUGCUUUCCGAUCAUUCACUGUUCUUGGGUAAGAAAGCUGAGCUCUAAUCAAUCCACCAUUACGCCCAUUCACACUUAAUGGAAAUCCAUAUCUAUGGAGCUCUUCUCGUUGAGUGCUUGCUUUUGUGGCUUAAUGUGGCCUCCACCCUUUGUUGCGUUGGUUCACGAACAAUUAGUGAAUGAAUAAAAGCUUCACUUCUUAUAAGCAUCAUUCCUUGUUCCACAUUAGCGAUAAUAAAAGCAUUGAAAAGCAAAGCUCUUUUUCUGUCUAGCGCAGAAUGCUUUAGAGAAGGGUUGCACCAGCUGCGUGUGUUCUGUAUUUCACAACACCUUAUAUCUUGUAUUGGUGUUUUCUCUUUGAUAUGCGGAGUGGUUGAAAUGAGUAAACCCUGCCCAGGUCUGCUUGUGUGUUUCUGUGUUCUAACUAAUUAAACACUGCCACUUAGUGUGUUCAUUAAACACUGCCUGUGCACCAAUAUGUGUGACCUCAUUAAAUACUGCCUGUAUUGAGAUGAUGUCUAUUCUAGAUCUUUACUAAGAAAUGAUACUGCCAAGCUUUCUGCAGAUGUCUGUACUAAAAAAAAAAAAAAAAAAUGCAGAGACUUGUAUAGUGUUCUUCGAGUUGUGUGUCUGCUGUGUGUGUGGGUGCUGUUUGAAUGGGACGGUUGUGACAGUGGGAGUCUAAAAGGUGUCACAGUGCUUUACACUCUCUCUGUGAGGCUUCUGGAUCAACGGUGGGGUGUCAAUCUGAGCUUAAUAUAGUACACACCCCCACAAACACCAUUAUCAUAUAUAUAUAUAUAUAUAUAUUUUUUUUUGUUGUU